UCCGCCAUCUUUUGUGUAGAGAUUCUGGGAGCUGCUGUUGUACCCACCCUGUUCCUCAGAUCCUGCGGUUGGAUUGUGCCUCCCUGAAGCUAACGUGUACAGAGUUUUGUGCAGGAGAAUCUGGGGUCGAGCCACAACAGUUCUCUUCUUAAUCCACUCUAUUCUCUCCUCUCCUGGCUAAGCUGCCAGAGUGCAUUGUGCAUUUCCAACAGCAAGAAAAGAUGGAUAAAUCUCCAUGGCAGAGAGAGGAGACCAGCUAGCACUUUUCCCAUUGUUCACAGAAUUCUCCUUUGGCAGACCCCUGAGAGGUUGAGAUUUCCUUUCCAUUUUCCAUGCUGUGAUAGGCAAUAUUGGGGCUCACAUCCUUCAGUGCUCCAUUUAUUUCUGGAGUUGGUGUCACUUGAGGAUGUGGCUGUGGACUUCACCUGGGAGGAGUGGAGGGACUUGAAUGAUGCUCAGAGGACUUUGUACAGGGAUGUGAUGCUGGAGACCUACCACAGCCUCGUGUCUUUGGGGUACUGCAUUAGUAAACCUGAGGUGAUCCUCAAGUUGGAGAAAGGAGCAGAGUCAUGGAUGAUAGAAGAACAACCAAACCAGAGCCUCCCAGAUGUCCAGAUAGUCAAUGACGUAAUUGAGAGGAGCCACGAAAGUCAUGGUAGAUACUUGUGGCAAGGUGUAAUCAUCAAGGGCAACCAAUCAGCUGAGGAGAGAGUGGAGUUAGGAAAAUCAUUGAAUGCAUAUUCAACGCAUAUUUUAAAUCUGGUUAUAAAUAAUGAAAACUAUUCAGGAGUGGGGCAUGAGGAGUUUAACGAAUGUCAGAAUGCAGUUCUUCUAGAGACUGAUGCUGUGUGUGCUGGACAGAAACCUGUUGAGCGUAAUAUAUCUGAGAAAUCACAUAGUCAUCAUGAACAUCUUAGUGAGCAUCCUAAGAUUCCAGCUGGGCAACUUUCUGAACAUAGUGGAAAAGGACAAUCCUCCAAUACAGUGCCAAUAAUAUUUGCAUAUAAGAAAGUUCAUAUGGGUGAGACCACUUGUAAAUAUAGUGACUAUGGAAAAGCCUGUAAUAAGUCAUCUGUCAUUGCCCAAGAGAUAACUCAGGUAGGGAAGAAAACUUUUCAACGUGAUGUACUUGGGAAAAUGUUCCAUAAAAAGUCUAAAGUUAUACACACAGGAGAGAAACAUGAUAAAUACAGUGAAUGUCAGAAAUGUUUUGGUAAACAGUCAUAUCAUAUCUCAUAUCAGGGAACAUCUACAGGGAAAGCUUUUAACCGAAAGUCAGCCCUCAACAGACAUCAGAGGAUUCACAAAAGUAAAACAACAUGUGAAUGUAAUGAAAAUUCAGAAGCUUUUAACCAAAUGUCAGCCUUCAGCAUGCAUCAGAGAGCUCACCCAGGUGAUAAGCCCUACAAAUGUAAUGGAUGUGGAAAAACAUUUAACAACAAGUCAUCCUUCAGGAUGCAUCAGAGUACUCACACAGGGAAAACACCUUAUGAAUGCAAAGAAUGUGGAAAAGCUUUUAAGCAAAAGUCAAAACUCAGCAGGCAUCAGAGAAUUCACACAGGUGAGAAACCAUAUGAAUGUAAGAAAUGUGGGAAAGCUUUUAACCAAAAGUCAACCCUCAUCAUGCAUCAGAGAAUUCACACUGGUGAGAAACCAUAUGAAUGUAAAGAAUGUGGAAAAGCUUUUAAGUUAAAGUCACACCUCAGCAGGCAUCAGAGAAUUCACACAUGUGAGAAAUCAUAUCAAUGUAAAGAAUGUGGAAAAGCUUUUAAGCAAAAAUCAAAACUCAGCAUGCAUCAGAGAAUUCACACAAAUGAGAAACCGUAUGGUUGUAAAAAAUGUGGAAGAGCUUUUAACCAAAAGUCAACCCUCAGCAUGCAUCAGAGAAUUCACACAGGUGAGAAACCAUAUCAAUGUAAAGAAUGUGGAAAAGCUUUUAACCGAAAGUCACACCUCAACAGGCAUCAGAGAAUUCACAGAGGUGAGAAACCAUAUGAAUGUAAAGAAUGUGGGAAAGCUUUUAACCAAAAGUCAACCCUCAGCAUGCAUAAGAGAAUUCACACAGGUGAAAAACCAUAUGAAUGUAAAGAAUGUGGGAAAGCUUUUAGCCAAAAGUCAAACCUCAGCAUGCAUAUGAGAAUUCACACAGGUCAGAAACCAUAUGAAUGCAAAGAAUGUGGAAAAGCUUUUAACCAAAAGUUGCAAAUCAGCAAGGAUCAGAGAACUCACACAGGUGAGAAACCAUAUGAAUGUAAAGAAUGUGGACAAGCUUUUAAGUGAAAGUCACACCUCAGCAUGCAUCAGAUAAUUCACACGUGAGAAAUCAUAUCAGUGUAAAGAAUGUGGAAAAGCUUUUAAGCAAAAGUCAAAACUCAGCAUGCGUAACGGAAUUCAAACAGGUGAGAACCAUAUGAAUGUAAAGAAUGUGGACAGGCUUUUAAGUGAAAGUCACACCUCAGCAUGCAUCAGAGAAUUCACACAUAUGAGAAACCAUAUGAAUGUAAGGAAUGUGGAAAAGAUUUUAAGUCAACUCAGCAUGCAUCAGAGAAUUCACACAGGUGAGAAACCAUGUGAAUGUAAAGAAUGUGGAAAAACUUUUAACCAAAAGUCAAACCUCAGCAUGCACAUGAGAAUUCACACAGAUGAGAAACCAUAUGAAUGUAAAGAAUGUGGCAAAGCUUUUAACCAAAAGUCAAACCUCAGCAUGUACAUGAGAAUUCACACAGGUGAGAAACCAUAUGAAUGCAAAGAACGUGGAAAAGCUUUUAACUGAAAGUCACACCUCAGCAGGCAUCAGAAUUCAUACAGGUGAGAAGCCAUGUGAGUGUAAUGAAUGUGGAAAAAGUUUUUUUACAAAGUCACAUUUGAGAAUACAUCAGGAUAUUCACAGGAAAUAUGAAUGUGAUAUGACAGGCCUUGUACUGGUCCACCCCCUAACAGACAAAAAAGAAUUCACACAAAGGAAAAUCUCAGUGAAUGUACUUUGUAUGGGAAAAGAUUUUGCCAGAAGUCAUACCUCAAGACAUCAGAGAACUUACAUCAAGAAGAAGACCCAUAAACAUAUAAUUGUUCUCAGGUAUUGAAGAAUGACUUGAGGAUCCCCUAUUGACAUAAAAAUUUGCUGAUGCUCCAGUCCCUUCUACAAGUGGUUUAGUGUUUGUGUAUUACCAAUUCACUUCCUGCUGUGUAGUUUACAUCUUGUGUAGAUUACUUAUAAUACUGGAAAAAAUGUGAAUACUAUGUAAAUUGUUGUUAUGCUGUGUUGUUUUUCAGUUGUAGAAGUGUUUCAUUUAUUGUUUUUAGUUAUUUUUGAAGAUUUUUGAUACGUAGUUUCUUGAAUCACCAGAUGUGUAACCUUCAGGUAUGGAAUGAGUGUGAAAACAUCUUUUCUCCAAAGUCUCAAGGCUGACUAUGGUUAGAGCAUUUUUGCUUAUAACAUUGGUGCUCUUAACACAAAUGAUCUCUAUACCAGCUAUGCACCAAAAAAUAAAUGAAUAAAAAUAAAAAGGAAUCACAUCAUAGCAGGCAUUAGAGGAUUUAAAGAGGGGAGAAAUUCUAUAUGGGUUAAACUGACUGUGUCUUUUAAAAAUAAAACCACUCUUUUCUCUUGUUUGCAUAGCCUGCAAUCUGAGCAUUCCAUGAUUGGGUGGAUGACCAUGUAAUUUAACUCUCUUCAGGGGAAUGUAGAUAUAAGUGGUGAACAAUACUUCCAGUUCAGGCAACAAAAUAAAAAUUUUCCAGUCAGUUCCUGAUUUCUCAUGUUCUCUGCAACUGAAUAAAGAUGACUCUUGGGUGGAGUUGGGGGCCACAGGUGAAAGAAAUCCAUCCUAAUUUAAAAUAGAAGAAAUUGAAGAAACCAGAGAUAUUCUCACCACUAUCCCAAAACCUACUGUUUACACAUUAUAUAAGAAAUGAUUUCCUGUUAAGCCAUUUUAUGUGUGCUCUGUUUGCAUUACAACACAAGCAGUGCACUCCAGCUAAAUGAUUUUAUAAAGUUUCUGAGAGAAUUUACCAGUCCUUGUAUAUCGGAAGAGAAUCCUGUGUUGUCACCAUUUCUACCGAAGUCAGUUUGUGGGAAAAUCAAAAUAUGGGGAGAAAGAAUGCAAUAUAUGUGAGCCUUCUUAUUGGGCUGGCUCAUUGAACAGUGGAAAUAAAGUUAAAUAUCCUUCUAAAUCUCUUUAAUGUGUCAGCUUUCAAGAAAACUUUCAACACUUUUUAUGUCAGAACUUGAAGAGAAAACUAUAUAAUGUAAAUUUUCAAAUAGAAAUGAUAAAUGGAGUGUAAAAGUACAUUUAACAUUUUGAGUGUUACCAAUAUUUCAAUAUGACUGGUGACACUGCCUUCCAGGGGACAUUUGUCUGAAGACAUUUUUGGUUGUCAUAACUGAAGGUUGGGAGGUGCUACUCCAAUGAGUGGGAAGAAGACACAGAUGUUGGUAAACAGCCUACAAUGCAAAAGAAAGACACCUCACAUGCAACAUUUACGCAUAAAAAUGUUGUUUGUUAAAAAUUCUUAAUGGAACCCAGCAUAACUGUGGAUAGGGAAUAUGUACACUUAGUAUAAUAAAUAGUUUGGUUUGACUUACUUCAGGAUUUUUUUUUUUUUUUUUGUCGUUUUUUUCAUGACCGGCACUCAGCCAGUGAGCGCACCGGUCAUUCCUAUAUAGGAUCCGAACCCGCGGCGGGAGCGUCGCCGCGCUCCCAGCGCAGCACUCUACCGAGUGCGCCACGGGCUCGGCCCUACUUCAGGAUUUUUGACAUUAACUGCCACUCUAACUUUUGUAUAUUUUGUUAAAUAUAUUGUCUAAAGUACUGCACUACACAGAUUUUUUUAAAAUAAAAGAUGACCAGUAAGGAUAUCUUUAACCCUUGACUUGGUGUUUUCAUUGCCGUGCUCUCCCAAGUGAGCUAACCAGCCAUCCCUAUAUAGGGAUCUGAACCCAUGGCCUUGCUGUCAUCAGUACCACCCCUCUCCCAAGUGAGCCACGGGCCAGCCCAGAUUUUUUCCUACUCACGUAGUUUAGGUAAGUUUGUAUGACCAGUAUUACAAAACUAUCUAAGUAAAGGUAAUUUUUUAUGAUGUUUGAAGCUAACGCAGAGUGAGUCUAUGGGGUGCAUAGAAACAUUUCUAUGUUAGUGCACAAAUUCACAGGCACGUAAUUGUAAACAACUUGUUUGAACUUAUUUAAACAGCUGUAAGCAAUAGUGGUUUUCUUAUUUUACUCAGUAAAAAGCAGUGUCUGGAAGGGAUAUUUAUCUUUUAUACCUAUUCCUCAUAUUUUGAAAUGGUGCCAAAUCAUAGGUAUGAGUGUGUACCACAUGCCCUAUAGCUAAGAAAUCUUUUGU